AUGGAGAUAAUGCAUUGGGUCACGUCCAAGUUAGGUCCCAUGCAAGCUAGCAACGACGUAAUAGCCGACGCGCUUUUGCGAAUCAUAGAAAGCAAUAUCGGGCCUACAACUACAGACAGCGAGCACAAUUUCACAUUUCGCAUGGUGUUACAUGUGGUGGGUCCCGGUAUUAUCCGCAAGAUUCGAACGAUUAAAGAAUGGCUGACCAACGAGAAGUUGACGCAGCUCAUAUCUGUUAUUCGUAAAGAGACGGAUCCUGAAUACUGCAUGUGUGAUGGGGCUGUCCCCGAAGUUACCGGUGGGCCAACCUUAGCGGAAAGUGUCAGAAAAACACUCUUGCACUACACUUUGGAUACGAGUACAGACAGUGCGCCCAAAUGCUGGUCUGCGAUUCGCUACUUGUGGGCCGCCGUUCCUAAAACAGAACUUGUUCAACUACUUUUGCAGGAGUUGGACCGGGGUUCCAAGUCAUUCUCGAACCCCGUCACCACUGAGGAAGCCCGCAUAACGGCUGAUUUUCUAGUCUUUAUGGUGAUUGAUUCGAGCCGUGUCGUUGCACGUGAUACGAUAGCGGACAUUUCCCAAUUCAAUGACAGUUCCCCGCUAUCGGAGGAUAACAUACAGUACCAAUUCAAGCUUGCCCUAGACAGCCAUUACGCCAGUGUUUUCAACGAGGCAAAUACUGAGCCACCCAAAGAAAACAAGCCCGUGCCGAAAGAAGAGGAGAUUCCUGAUGUUGAUAUGGACGAUUUGUUCAAUGAUGUGGGUGAAGAUCUUUUUGGAGACUUCAUGCAGGUGACCCUGUCACAUAUUGACAAACCAACUGUAUACAGGACUGCCGCUAUCGUUAGUGACUGCUAUACUCGUGUAUGGCGCUUUAUGUCGUUGAAUGUUUGUAUGCUUCAACUUCAAUCAGAUAGCACGAGUCCACCUGGGCUCAUUAACAUGGCAAGACUCUUGAUAUCGCACGAAUUGGAGCACUGGCUCUUUGUUCUCAAAUCGUAA